CUCUCUCUCCCUCUCUAUUUCCUUGCCCUCAGGAGUCUCCAACAUCCCAACAUCCUUCAGUGUUUGGGCCAAUGCAGCGAGAGCAUUCCCUUCCUGCUGGUCAUGGAGUUCUGUCAGUUGGGUGACCUGAAGAGGUACCUGAGAGCCCAGAGGAAGUCAGAUGGGAUGACCCCUGACCUUCUGACCCGGGAAAUGCUGACCCUGCAGAGGAUGGCGUUUGAAAUCACCUCUGGCCUGCUGCACCUCCACGAGAAUAACUACAUCCACAGUGAUCUGGCUUUGAGGAACUGUCUACUUACCUCUGACCUCACUGUCAGAAUCGGAGACUAUGGGCUGUCUCACAACCACUACAAGGAUGACUAUUACCUAACAUCAGACAAGCUGUGGAUUCCCCUGAGGUGGAUAGCGCCAGAGCUUCUGGAGGAGUACAGAGGAUCUCUGAUCGUCACUGACCAGACCAAGACCAGCAAUCUGUGGUCUCUUGGGGUGGUGAUCUGGGAGCUGUUUGAGUUUGGUUCUCAGCCUCACAGGCACCUGAGUGAUGAGGAAGUGUUGACUUUCGUCAUCAGAGAGAGACAGAUCACCCUGGCCCAGCCACGGCUCAAACUCUCCCACGCUGACUACUGGUAUGAGAUCAUGCAGUCCUGCUGGCUCCCUCCUUCCCAACGCCCCUCCAUCACUGAGGUAUUCCUCCUCCUUUCCUCCCUUCUGGCUGCUGAGCGAGGGAUGUCCCGGAGGAGUGUGGGAGAGGACGAGGAGGAUGAGGACGGGGAGUAUGAGGAAGGGAGAGGAAGAAGAGGAGAGAGCGAUGAGUCAUUUGAAAGACGGUGGGAUUCUCUCCGUCCUCCGGCCUUCCAGGCUGCAGCGAGUGAACGACAGAGAGAGAGGGAGUAUGGGAGGGAUGACAGGGGGAACUCCUACCCUCUACUGGACCCCGUGGGGAACUGCAUCACCCCAUCCUCUACAGAACUUGAUGACAUCCUGACAGUCACAGAGACCAGUAAAGGGUUAAAUUUUGAGUACUUCUGGGAGAGGGCUCAUGCGAGGUGGGGCUACCAACCACUUCCUCCUCCCCAGCCAAUCCCGAUGGUCAACCCCUCCCACAGACAAUCCCUGGACACACCCACUGUUGUCCCUGUGAUAAGUGCACGUAGCCCCUCCCUCGCCAGCGAGUACUUCAUCCGAUUGGAGGAGCACACCCCUCAGGAUAAGUCCCCAUCUCUUAAAGGGAAAGCGUUCCGUUCUGACUCGUUGUGUCCUGGAGAUCUGGAGCUAGUGGAGAUACGUAGCGGAAUUCUGGGCAAAGAACGCGCGCCGUACAGUUCUGAUGAGGAGUACACUGGGCGAGGAGGGAAAUCCAUCCAGACCAUCCGAUCCAGCGAGGUCCAGAUAAGGGUCCCCAACACUGGGGUGGCAGAGUUCAAAGACACCUCCAGUAGGGUGACUGACUUCUCUGUGGUGGAUUUAGGAGAUGAUGAUGAGGAGGACGGGGGUGAAGGAGACAGUAGGUCAUCCACUGGUUCUCAGGCCCCUGUCCUGCCUCCCAAGCCACGUUCUAUGUCAACCUCCUUGGGCAACCACCUCCACUCGCGCCCCCUCCCUGCUCCUCCGUUGGGCUACCACCGAGUAGGACUUGGGCUGGGUCAUUAUUCCAUGAGUGGUAAGAUAGAAACGAUGGACCCUCUGACGGGCAGCUGCCUGCCAUCAUCAUAUGAUCACUUAGGGUUCCACCGUCCUCGUCAGACCAUGCCCCCCUCCCCGUCACUGUCCCCCUCCCUACCCCAGUCCAGCCACCCCAUCUACCCCACUCCCCAAACAUGUCCUCCCCUCUUCCCACCCACUACAAGCCCCAAAGGGGCCUGUAUCACAGCUAUGGUGUAGGUAGCUACUCCAGAUACAGUAAGCUCCAGAUGUACUCUCAAAGAGAGCCACUAUCCUGUGACGACUCAGACCGACAAGGUGGUGUACGGCGCACAGCAUCCUUGCACAACACAAAGGGCACAUCCAAUUUCCGCUCAAAAGACUUUGACUCUCCCGUACGACGUCAGAACGUAUUUCGCCCUGUUUACCGCAACACCUCCCACUCCGAGUCCGGGGGCCCCAGAACUGAGAGGCACUCGUCCUCCAGUCCCACAUAUUCAGAUGAGGAUGACUCCCCCUUUAUGUCCCCUGAGAAACCCAGUGGGGGAGGGACAACCGUCCCGACUUCUAGUUUGUCAGAGGAUGCGGAUCCGGCCACAGCCGAGCUCUUCUCCAGGGGUAUGAAGAGGACCCAGUCGCGCCUCGCCACCAUCCUGCCUGCCAUCUGGAGGGAGGAUGCGGAACUGCAGGCGGAUAGCGUAACCGACGCCAAGAUAUCCCCCAUGCACCUGUUUCUGACUGAGAUCUCUAGUGUGUCAGAGUCAAAUGAUGCCAAGUCCAAGGAGGGGAGGACCUCAUGGGAGAGAGAGACAGAGCGGGAGAAGAAAAGGGAUGGGGAGAGGUCAGGGAACUUCCUCCAGCCCUUGAGAGGGGGGAUGCGUCGGUCCCGGUCGCUGGCCACAGAGCUGGGCUCUGCAGAACAGACAUUGGGGCCAGACAGAAACACACAGAUGGGGACAGAGGUGGAGAGGGUGAGGAAAGGCUCCAUCCAGAGAGAUCUAUUCCUCACUGAGAUCUCAAACACAGGAAGGAUGGAUGCAGGCAUGGAGAGAGAUCCGGUGAAGUUCCUCCACCCUCCUGGCUCCCGAUCGCGUCCUUACACCUACACCUGCGCCCCCGGCCUCCCGUCUUACGCUGAGGCCGAGGAGGCAUACUCCAGGGGCAUGAGGAGAUCCCGAUCCCUCCUCUCCGAAAUCACAGUGGGGAGGCAGGAGUCGGAGUCACAGGAGAGGAGACAGAGAAGGGACAGAUGACCAGAGAGGAGUUCCUGAAGGAGAUCCAAUCAGCAGAGACCUUUUUGACAGAGAUCAUAUCUAGACAAAAUGCAACCGCCUCCAACAAGCAUUGCGAGGACUUGUCUCAGUCACCCACUCCAAUGUCACCAGAAUACGAGUCAAUAUGCAUAGAUCCUGACUCCUCUCAGACCAUCCGUUUCCAAUCAGAGAGUUCCAUACGUACAUCAAACAGAGGCAAAGACGAUGUAGCACCGGAGGCCAUUUAUGCCCAAGUGACUAAACGGGCAAAAAAGAGUGAGAUGAAGGUCACUAUUCGGCCUGAGAUUCCAGUACUGCAAAUAGGAUCAAAUAAACAGUCUGUCAAACAGGAAGAGGAUGUCCCACAGACACAACCUGCCUCAAGGACUCACCCAGCUCACUCACAGAUCCCACCGCUGACACCAACUCUCACCCAGACUCUCAGCCCCAGCCUGGUGACUUUGUGUUCUCAGAGAUAAUGCCAAAAAAUGGCCUCCUCCUUUACCAAACAUUCCCCAGUACAAAAACAGAGGAGGACGUUUCAGAAGGUCCAGCCUUACCUGUAAGAGAAACACAGAGAGUCAGAGAAAGGGUUGAGCUCUCAAGACAAGCUCAAGUUCAAUCUUUAUCUCAAGACAGUGUUACUGGAGGAGUGGAAGAAUCUGAAAAGAAACCCUGUGAUGAUGAGCCACCUAUUUAUGUAGAUGAGAAAGAGAGCAGGGGUCAGAAUAAUGUUGGGGAAAGGAGUUGUGAGAGAAUGAAAGGUGAUGCUGAGGUCAGAGACACAGGGCAAGGAUGUCAGAAGCAGAAAGUUGUUGAUGACAUUUUACAUGACUUAACAACAGAGACAUCAGAAACAGAUAGAGCAUGUCAAAUUGAAUCUAAAGAUCACAAGGAAGAAGGGUCAGAGAGUUCAAAAGGUUGUGACAGUCAAAUGAAGAACAACACAUCACAUUCAAAUCAAAUCAAAUCAAAUUGUUCUAAUGCUCAGUCACAUGACCCAAAUGUUGAAAGCUAUUUACAAAUCAACAAGCAGGAUUCACAGAUCAACCAAGAAGGAAGGUCAGACCCAAGUCAAAAGAGCCCUGCAGCCGUUCCCACCACCCCAGACUGGGACCCAUCCUCUGACCUCUCUCUCUCCACCAUGACCCCCUCAGACUCAUUCAUUUCAUCUUUGACCCUCAGUUCAGCCGACUGUCUGACCCCAGGUGACCCGUGUGUUGGAGGUGAAGGACCAGGUGAUUGGAGGCUGCUGGGGACAGAAACCCCCACAGAGACUCUGCCUACUUCUCUGACAGUGACUGGGAAGGGGAGGGGCUUAGCAGGAAGGGCAGUGAUGGACUGAGCGUGACCAGACCCGGCAGUGGACGAGGCGGAGAGAGGGGGACGCUGACAGGAAUAGAAGAGAAGACAGAAUUAGAGGAUGAGGGAGAAACUGGGGAAAGAGUCCCUUGAAGAGGAUUUCAAAUAAGGGAAUUGACAUUGAGAGGGAAAAGGAGACAGUUCUUGAACAGAAUGCUCAUGUGCAGGAUAUCUCUCAAAACAGUGAUGAUGGAUAUAAAGACAUGUCAAGUAUUCAGGAGAACGAUCUCAGUCUGAAAGAAGUAGAACAUAAAACAGGGUUAGAAUCAGAACAGAGAGAAGACUCUGGAAUGUUCCACAAUGAGAGUGGAGAGUCAGAUGAAAAGGGACUAGUCCAUCUGGGACUCCUGUCUGAUAACUCACAGACCAAGGAGAACAAUGAGUUUAUAGCUAAGCUGUUCUCUAACUUAGAUGAUGCACCUCUCAAAGGGUUCUCUUACAAUGAUGGAACUCAAAUUUGUAAUCAUUACACAGAAGGUGUGAUUUCUCAUGUGGAGUCGAAUGAUUUUAGAUUCCAUGACUCCACAGACAAAGUCUUGACAUUGCCUUCUAAUAGUACCACUAAGACAGACUGUUUGAAAAUAAUAUCUGCCAUUCAGACAAAGGAUAACAAACUUGAGAAUGAAGAACUCCCAGGUAUUGAAGAUAGAGAAAAUGAUAAUUCCAUGAAAGACACUACGGAUCCAGUGACGGCGUUACAUGGCGACCAUGAUAACAGAGAAUCCAGGCUAUCUAGGUUCUACGGUAUUCAAACCAGCGAGGUCAAACUCAGUGACGAUAUUCCAGUAGUACUGGAUCCCAACGACGGAGAGAGCACCAAUGAUGAAGAAAGCAAACUGGCCUCUUCUUUCUGGGCCGAGGGGGUCACUGAGGUGUCUGAAAGAGAAGACGGACAAGAUCUGGAGAUUCAACACACCGACGCCAAUGAGCUUGGCCUGAGAAACUUGUGUUACUCAGAGGAAAGCGAAGACGAGAGGGCCAAGGCCAAAUCAGAGACAGAGAAACAGCUUGCCGCUGGAGAGCUGUGUAACGCCAUGAAGGAGAAAUCUCCUCAGAGAGGACCAGUGACGGGGAGCCAGAGUGGGUCUUUGAGCAGGGAUGGAUCUGCUGAGACUGUGGACAGGGAGUCAUCUAAGGAUCUGGAGAUGAAGGCUAAAGAGCUGUGGAACACUCUGGAGGAGGGGGAGGGGAGAGGGGGAGGAGUGGUGAGGGGCGAGUUCGACUGUCACCGUUUCCAGCAGGGAGACCUGCACCUGUGGCCAUCGGAGAACGACCAGUGGGCCUCGCCGGAGAACAGAAGCCAGGAAGCUGAACUCGGAUUGGAAUUAUUCUCAGCGUUCGGAAAGACCUGGGAGGAGAGGGAGCAGCUGGUGGUAGGCCGGGAAUUCUGGGAGGCUGAGGAGAACGAUGAACUGGCGGGGAGUGAGCCUCAUCCAGCCGUCCUCCAAGAUAACGAAGAUACUUCUAAUGACGAGAGGCAGGGACGGGUAGCCUACCUGGAAAUAAAGGGAGAGUUGUCCCAGAAACAGGUUAUCUCCAGUAGCAUUGACAGUCAGCUAUCCCAGGCACUGGAUGUACAGCAAGAGGAAAAUAUAGAAAAUCCAGAUAGGUUUGAUGAUGAUGAUGAGCAAAAUGUUGAAGGUGAUCAGCUAGUGGUUGAGGUGGAAAACCGAGAAAUCCCAGAGCAUGAGACCAAUGCAAGAGGGAGGGAGCAGUUCAGGUCACUCACUGAGAUGGGUGGAGACAGUGAGGGUCAAACUGCAUCUCUUCUAAAUGACUUGGAUGGAAACAUUGCUCAAGAUGAGGGAAAUCAGAACUUCAACAGGUUGAAUCAUCUCAGUGAAAUCCAAAUGGAAGAAGGGGCAAUGGCUGAAAAUGACAUAGAAAAAGAACAGGACUUUGAAUUAGACAACCAUCUUGCUCCCACAGUAAAGAGUAUAUAUUUGGGUGUAUCUAUCUGCCUUACUGGAGUACCACAGGUAGAUUUAUCAGGAUUACAACAUAUUGAGCCAAGCAUACGCAUUGAAGAAGCUGACUCUACUCGCCAGCUUGUGGGGGAGGACAGAGAAGGGGGAGUAGACAUUGUAAACACAAGGUGAGGAUUUGAGAGACAUAUCUCUUCUAUGUGACCUGGAGUCUUAUCCCAAUGAUAAUGACUUGGAGGAUAUAGCCUCUUGUACAGAUCUGUCUGGUUCACAUGGAGACAACUUUCAGUUCAGUUCUGUAGACUUUCCCAGCCCUCCUCCUAGCAUAGAUCUUGAUAUGCAAGAAGACAGGUUGCAGAGUUUAGAUGAUUAUUUUCCUAGUCCCCCACCUUCUGUCAUAGAAAUAGAAGACGAUCAGCGGUCUUAUAAACCUUGAUUAUUUAGGCUCAGAUUUCAUUACCAGUGCUGAGAGAGACCCAACAAUGCCCCCCACUCCUCACACUGAUAUCCCAGAGCCGCCCCCCUUACCACCCACCACAACCCACAGCAGAGGGAUCUCUGCAAACCUCGAACUUUCACCUGUACAUCCAACACUUCCAUUAUUCUCAGGUGAAAGCCAGAACCAGAGCCGCCUCACAUCAAAUAUAUCCGAGGAUGACAGAAAUAACCUGUCCCAGAAAAACACAACCACCACACCACACCGUCAUUCCUCCAGAGUCCCCUCAACACCAUCCCAGAGAUGUUGAUCUCUGAGUGGAAGGAUUUGGACGAGGAGCCUCUGGAAGAUUUUGAGAAACUGGAGCAGCUGUGUUGCAUAUCUGGGGAUGAGGAGGACACCCUGGGUGACCUCUUCCUGGGGAAUCUGGAGCUGUUGGAGUCUAUGAAGAAGACGCCUGAGCAGAAAGCUAAGGGUUCUGGAGAGAGCGAUAAAGGUGAAGCGACCUGUGGGACCUCCAUGCCUGAAGGGAAGAGGAGAGUGGAACUGAAAGAGGAAGUUGACGGAAUCUCUGAGAGCGCUGACUGGCUGGCCAGAUCGGUUCCAUCGGCGGUCCAGGACGUCCCAACUGGGGCUAAACUUUCACCUCAUGAGGAGAGGCGUGAACUACAGUUCCCAUCAGCCCUUUCUCCAUGUCAUUCUCCUGACUCCAAGGACCAGAGGUCACUUUCCAAGAUGCCCACUAAAAAUGGCCUAAUGAUGCAGGUGUGUGAGGAGAGACUGCAGUUCUCGCUCUGUGAGAACGUUAAAACAAACGUCCUUGGGGGCGACAGUGAGCGACAGCGUCAUUCUCCGCCCAUGGGGAGACCAGCCCUUAGAUGGGGGCGGAGACACAGUCAGUGUGAAGGAUGUAGGAAGCGAAGAGGAGCCGGACACUGAACCCAAUUCUGAACCCCAGACAU